AUCCUCAUGGCGCGCCCCUCCCUGCUCUCAGCUCGGCUUCUGCUUCUCCUCCCCUCCUUGCGCGCCUAUCUCCCUCAUCCAUUCGCGGUGCUGCUCUCUCUCUGGUGCUCAGCUCUCCACCGCGCCCUGCCCUCUGCUCGCUCCUCUCUGCCGGCGCCCAAGCCCCAUGCUCGACCGUGCUCUCCCCUGCCUAUCCGAGUUCACUACUCCCCAUGGCCACUGCAGCGGCUCCCUGCUCGACGCUCAUUUUCAUGUGCUCAAUCUCCUGCUCGGCUACUCGGUGCCCAUCUCCCUGGCCAUGCCCUGCUCUGUUGCUGCACGCCGGAGUUCCAGCCAUGGUCGUCGAGCUUGGUCCCUGCUCCUCCCUGCGCGCACCCCGGCCCUGCUCGGAUCCUCGCCGUCGAUUCCGCCUGAACUCCCUCCACCCUGCUCGCAUGGCCGCGCCGGCUCCCUCUAGUCGACCGCACGCCCAGCCAGAGUCCCUGGCUAGCUCGCGCCCUGCUCGGUUUUCAGGUGCACGCGCGGUUCGUCGGUCGCCCCGCGUUCAUCCUCGACCUCGUCGCACGCCACUCUUUGGUCUAGGACUAGUUGUCGUGCGUAUGCUACUGGGAUGGGUGACAGUUGUUGCCAUCGUGGUGUCGAUUUUCCCUGUCGACCUUGCCGUCAUCCAUGGUCGCGACCUCGUCAAAUGUGUUCGUCGCUUGGCCCUGUGUCGUUAGGCUCGUCGACCGUGUCCGCUACCGCGUGCGCAUGUUCCUAAUGCGCAUCACGCAGUAGUUGGAUCUUGUCGAUUGACUUCCUCUAUCCGUCGUGUUGUGUGCCGGCAUUCUCUUGCGGCACAGACCACGCCGUAGUUUAACCUUAUUCGCUUUAUGACAGCACCAUCGUCAUCUGCCAGCUCCAUCACCCGUCAUUUCUGGUAUUUUCCCUAACACCGAGCCUUUCUGAUCUCUCCGUUCAUCGAUGCAAUUUAUGUGUGCGGAUGAAGAAAGCGAAGCCAGUGUACAUAGCUCGCGGGUGUUCAGCUGAAGGCUGUCGUCGUUCAGGCAACUACCAAAUCGAAUUGAGAUGUGGUACAUGAAUUAACCACGUGAUGCGGAGAACCAGAGCUGAGUCGACCACAAGAGGAUGGAAAGUGUGGGCUUCUCCACAAGAUGGUGCUAAUAAACGAACCUGAAGAUGGAUAAUCUAAACGAGUGCCAAGACAAAGGAUGGUCGUCAAGUG